UAAUCACUUUUGUUUUUUAGAAAAUGAUGCGUCAUUUUGUUGCAUUUUCACUACUGUUAUUCGUUUUGGAAAACUCAGUUGAGGCAAUCACUCUUUGCUUCCCCCAUACUCACUUUCCAUGCAAACAACACUGCUUGAAAAAAAAUUGCCAAUUUGGACACUGCGGAUUUGUAAGAGAAAAAAGAACAUCUGGAGGAUAUUUUCUUCGCUACCCAUGUGUCUGUAAGGAUUGUCCCGCUGGUCAAAAGGAGAACGAACAGCUUCAUUGAACAGAUGCACAUAUUUUGAGCUUUUCAAAAACCAACAUAAAGUUUUUAUGGUGCG